UUAUCAGCAGCGUAGGUGAAAUAUGUUAUUGAACACAUUUCUUUUAAUAAACUAUACUUGUAAAAUAAAUAAAAUAUAAUCGAAAUGUCAAACUCUUUGGUUAAAAAGAGCUUAGAACUUCUCACAUUUGAAAAUGAUGUAGUUAAUGAUAAGUCCAAAAAAAGGAAAUCGACAUCUGCAGGAAUCUUAGAUUUAAUUCCUACUAAGCAUCGACUAAUUUCUAAAGACAAUAAAAAAGUCAUCUUAAAACGAUCGAGUACGCUAACGGUCGCGGAUGCAAAAAAAAAAUUGGAAACUAAAAGUAACCGUAUGGAAGAAAAUAUAAGAAAACUACUACGUCUCAGUAAUUGUAAAUAUGAUGAAGAAGUAAUGAAAAAGGUUAUAGAUAGAGGAGUGAAGAAACGUUAUCUUACAGAAGAGGAUAAGCCAGUUGAGGAAGAAAAGACAGUAUUCACCGAAGAAGAUUUCCAAAAAUUCGAAGCAGAAUACUUUGGCUAAUAAGUAUCAU